AACGCCCCCUACUCUGGAACCCGGAAAGAGAGCAGGACCAGCCCGCUGCCGGGUCUGGGUUCACCGGACUGAGAGCAGGACCAGCCCGCUACUGGGUCUGGGUUCACCGGAUAGAGAGCAGGACCAGCCCGCUGCCGAGUCUGGGUUCACCGAACAGAGAGCAGGACCAGCCCGCUGCCGGGUCUGGGUUCACCGGCACAUGGAGAACAUGAAGGAGGAGCGGAUCGGUUAUCAGGAGCUCAUUUGAUCUGGUCAAAGUGCACACCCUGUCAUUGUGCUCUGCCUGCACUUGUGAACUACUGUCCAGCGUGACAACAUCCCCUAAGGUUGCCAUCAUGAAGCAAGAAAAAACUCAGUGGAAACUGUUUCUGGAGGCAUUCAGUGCUGCACAAUCUGAGUUCACCUUUCUCCUUCUAGGAGUGACUUGUUUAACCCUUGUGGUGUCGCUCAUGUUCACCUCUCUGUGGCUACUCUCGGCUCUCUACUUCGUGUGGCUCGUGAAGGACUGGGAUACACCGGAAAGAGGGGGCAGAAGAACAGAGUUCGUGAGGAACUGGCGGAUAUGGGGACACCUCCGAGACUAUUUUCCCAUCAAGCUGGUGAAGACAGCCGAGCUGGACCCCAAGAAGAACUACAUCUUGGGCAUCCACCCGCACGGCAUCAUGUCUGCAGGAGGCUACACGUGUUUCAGCACCGAGAGCUGUGGUUUCGCCGAGGCCUUCCCCGGGAUGCGCUCCAGCCUGGCCACGCUCGCCGGACUCUUCCGGAUACCGCUCUUUAGGGAGUACCUCAUGAGUCAAGGCCUGCUUUCAGUGAGCAGAGCGAGUCUAAAUCAUGUGCUUUCCAAGAGCGGUAAAGGCAUCGCGCUGUCGAUAGUGAUAGGGGGCGCUGAAGAGUCCCUGACCUCCUCUCCCGGGGUCAACACGGUGGUCAUGAGGCGUCGCAAAGGGUUCGUCAGGAUGGCGCUGGAGCACGGGGCCGACCUGGUGCCUGUGUACUCGUUUGGAGAGAACGAGUUGUUCCGCCAGGUGAUCUUCUCAGAGGGCAGCGUGGGCCGGAGGUUACAGGACCUCUUCAAAAGGCUGAUAGGGUUCGCCCCGUGUGUGUUUCUUGGGGACCGCUUUGGCCUGCUUCCCUACCGGACCCCCAUCACGUCUGUGGUGGGAGCUCCCAUCGCUGUGCCGAAGCUUCUGGUCCCUACAGAGGAAGAAGUGGACCACUACCACAACCUUUACAUGGAGUCGCUCUCCAAACUGUUCCACGAGCAUAAGGUCAGCUGCGGUCUCUCUGAAAGCCACGAGCUGCAGAUCAUUUAGAGGACUCGCAUUGGGUAAACCAGACAGACUUUCUCCACGCUGCCUCGACCAUGGGACUACUUCAAUGACAGCCCUGCUCUGAUCAAGUGCAGGAUUUACUCUGUAAAAAUAGAGGUCUCCAUAGGCGUCUGGUCCCUCGGUUCAUGACAACGGGCAUCAGCAAACAUCUGUGCAAUAAAUUAUGUAUUUUUAUUUAUUCUGCAGCUCUGCACAAAUUGUCGCUGCCCAUUUGUGUCGCUAUUGUUUACGUGUUUCCAAUGCAAUAUGCAUAUUUUCCAUGUGAAUAUAUGACAAUUCACACAUGUGAAUUAAAAUAUGGUUACCGUUGCAA